AUGUCCCAGCCGCAAUUAACCACCGACCUGGACGUUCCGGAAAGUCCGCAACACCCUUGCCAAUGCUCCGCCAUGAGCAGUAUGGAUUCCAUGAGAGCGCAGAGGGACAGGACGGAGAGAAGCGUGGGUAGUACAAGAAUUUCCAACAGUCAAGAACUCCCUAGGGGUCUCGAGGCGUUGCAGAACGCUUUCGAGCCAAUAAGAAGACUGGAAAGUCCGCUAUCUCAUCAGGAAAGCCAACAGAUCAAUUUAGAGAACACAAGGAAUGUCGAUAUCAUGGAGCAUCAGACCGGGCUGUCGUCGAAUCCAAGAUCGAUGGAUAGUCAAGGGACGAUAUUGUCGAGACACGGUCACAGUAUCACGUGCAGCCCGAGGAACUUGGAUCUCUCUCGAAACUUGGCGUUCGAGGCCGCACGAAGAGUUCAGGAAUCCGGUGGCCUGCAGGAUAACCAACACAGCCUAACUUCCAGCCCUAGCCCUUUGUUGGAGUCUAGCACGGCCAUCCACGAAACAUCCUCGAAAGAUCUGGACAAGCAACUGGAGGAUCACCCGGGGUUAUCGCAAAAGCAAGCCGCCUCCGGCAAAGAUAAACUGAAGAAUAUUCAGCAGGUUCUGAAUCCUUAUCAGCAUCAUCACGAGUCAGCGGAACGAAACGUGCACGGACAUUUCCACGGGGAUGCCCACGCGCACGUGCACAAACACGCCGAGAAUUUCCGAACUAGCGGGAAUUUGGACGCUGGUGACGGCCUGAUGGGAUUUCAGCAACACCAACGGCAACACACUCAUCAUCAUCACGGGAACACGAAGUCCACGAAUGUGGGCCAUCAUCACGGACCUGGGACCGUGCAUCAUCCUCAUGGACCCCAAGGAAUGACGGGACAUCAUCAUGGAAACUUGGCACCCAGCCUCACCAGCCACGGUCAUGGAAAUUCUGUCCCGUUAAACAACUCCAGUUCGACAACGAUGGGUCACGGGGGUCAAGGGAACGUUGGCAAUCCAAGUGCGCAUCAUCAUCCCAAUCCGAUGUCUGCGUCCGCCACGAUGGGCCACAGGGCUUCACCGACGAGUCAUCAUCGGCUGGCCAGUGCUACCGGAUUGAGCAGUCAUUAUCCAACGAAUUCAGGCUUCUCUAGCGAUCAUCAUGGCACUUCCAGUGCAAUGAGUGGAGCGUCGUCCAAUUCGAGUAUGUUGAAUCACGGUGGUUCACCCGCGGUUCAUCGACACGUGGUGAACGUAAACAGUAGUCUAUCGACCACGCCGUUGACUGGUCAUCAUCAUGGAAGUUCGUCGGGGAGUUUAACCGGACACUCGAGCGUGAACCAUCAUCACGUUAGUUCCGGAAUAUCCUGCGAGUCCUCGUCAUCGAACGCGAACACGAGAACGCACAGUCGUUUGGAUCAUGUACACGAUCAUCAUCAUCAUUUGCAACAAUCGCUGCACGCCAACCACCCUGAUUCUCGACAACGAGAUCGUGCUCCUUCGAGCCUGGAACACCACAGUCAUCACCAUGGACAUAUUCACAGUCACGGGCAUCAGCAUCCGCAGAGCAACGAUACCAAAAACUCGUCCCUCAUCGGAGUCGAUUCGAUUCAGGUGUCCGCUCCUUCCAAGAGCAAAUGUCAAUGCCAUGUGAUGCAAACUGGAGGAAACAAAAGAGGACAAGAGGGUGAAAGCGAUGGCAGCGUUGAAGUGGCCACGAGAACGCAUCAACCGCCUGCGUUACCCCCUCGGCCACCCCCUAGACCGACCAGGCGAUACGAAACAACAUCUGCCAAUCAGUGCCACACCGGGGAAGGUGGUUGUUGCAAGAAGUACGUUGUCCUUUGUUGCCUUUGUGGCGGGCUGAGCGCUGCGGUCGGAAGUCUCUUUUUGGCGGUGCACGCGGUCCUUUCAGCCCACACGGCCAGCCUAGCACUCUUUGAGACUGUACCAUCUUACAUUCCUGGCAUAAUGUUAAUUUUAAUGGGCCUGUUCACGAUGCUGCUCGCAAGACGGAAGCAUAGAUACGGGCUUCUGAUGAAAGUCUGCGGUUCCGUUGGUGUGGUGUGCGCAUUGGUGUGCGUGCUCGUCACCGUGACGACCACAGUGAUACACAUGUCACGGUUGCAAGGUCUUCGAAAAUGCGUUUACACAGUGAAAGCCAGGUCGUGCACGUGUUACGGGUCCCCCGAAGGUGAUCCUGGGAUCCUUUUCGAAGGGACACCUCAUUGCGAGGCGGUUCACGGUGCCCUGCACGCUUGCCUGAGGGCCCUGUUCGGUGUUUCGGUCGCUGGAAUCCUCGCCUGCAUAUUCUCGUGCAUGCUGGUGUACCAGUUGUUGAGUCACGAGAAGAAGAAGAUGUAUUGGGAACAGUUGGAGCUCAGAUGCAGAUCUCUGUACGGCCAGGGAGGCACCGUGGGACCGCCGACUGGUUCCUGUGGAUGUUGCAACGACUGCGGUGGUGCUAGCCCGUGGUGGGCGCAGACACCGGGGAACCUGUACACACCGAAUCCUGAUCUGGCACCGUCCAGAAGAUGGCGACUUCCUUGGUCCAGAUCGAGAGGACCAGCCCCGAGUCCCGACUCAAAUUACGGCUUUCACACCCAAGCCAGACAAACGGAGGUGAACGUGGAGACGACAAACGGUCCUUACAGUGUUCUCAAUUCUCAGUCGAGCGGCCCAUACUCGGUUCUGAACACGCAAAACGGACCGUACACACCGAGCACAGCGUCUUACAGCGUUCUCGAGACUCCUGUGCCCAUGUGGGGUCCUCCUCCACCUUACAGCGAUCCGAACAGCCCAGCCAGAAGACCGCAAGUGGCUGAACAAAGGCCCAGGAUCGCGAAACGAAUAGAGAAUUUCGAGAACAACGAAGAUCAUCGGCCAAGACCAGCGAAACGUCCGUCUGACAAUUACGAGAACGCCGAAGAAAUAUCGAACAGCACCGAUCCAGAGGGCGGGAACGAGGGCACGAUGAAAAGCAGACGGAUCAGAAAGCCCCUGAAGGGUGUGGAGAACGGUGCGUUCCAGCAGGAACCGAAUACCGGACCAAAACAGUCGGAAAGUGAACUCUACUUCGGCGACGUGUCCUCGUGUUGCGGCCCCGAGAGCAGUUUCUACGAUCUGGCCGUCGAGAAAGAAGGAACCGAACAUUCGGAGGACGUGGACUAUCUGGCAGCCCGUUUAGGCAAACGACAACUAUCCAAGCGAUCCAGACUGCCUCUUCCGUUGCCGUCAGAAGGUGGUGACAUACCGUCUGAUAAUUAUGCGAACAGCGACGAACCGAGGAGCGGCAGAGGGCCAUUCCUAGCUCCAGACGCCCAGUACGAAGUGAUACAACAGGGUCGAUACUCGUAUUACGCGUCGAAGGACGACGAACAGCUUCCAGAAGGUCCUGCGACUUCAGGUUAUUUCAGAGAGGAGGAGACUGACAGAGGCAGAGAGUACAGAGAUUACAGGAGCAGCCAGGAAGAGGAAACGCCGCAGUGUUGUCUGAGCGACUCGACGACACUGGAUUCCGGCUGGCAGAGCGGUGAACAGCAACAGUCUGACGACAAUGUUCGACCGGUGAAUGUGUAA